CCUACUUCAAUCUCCUCUAUAUGGCCAUGCAUCUUAAUCGUACACGUGUAGCUCGGCCGCAUCUCAAUUCAUUCAGCAGACCAGGUGUGCGGUAUAUUCUUUCUCUUUUGGUCCAUUCCUUUGAGACUUUUGAAAUCCCCACCCAAUCCCUUGGCUGUCACUUGGGUGCUGCGUAUUCGUUGCGCAUCUCCCAUGAUGAUGGGAAGACAUCUUACCCCAUGAAACCCCGCAACGACUUGCCUUGAAGUCGAAGAGUGAAUGUGGCAAAUGUAAUAAAAGUAGGGGUCUUAGUACCUCCAAGACGGAGCUGCCUAGCGGAAGGAUGAAUUUCCCUUUCUUGAUUGAUGAACAAGGUUUGACGAUUUAGGUCCACCGAACCACCUCGACGUUGUUGGAGGUGACUCCUCAUGCUGAGUUGAAAUAGCCUCUCAAGUUUCGCAACUACUGAAUGUGCCAAGCAGUACAGCCACCAGACCAGCUCUUAAUGCACUACAGUAUUGGAGAACCAGAGAAGAGGGAACAAAUUCCUAGGUCAUCUCAUGGCACGAAUAUGCUCUUGCAAACAAGAACUCCUGGCUUCUGCUAGGACCGAGUUAAGCCAUCCAACUUCCAUGCUGGUACCACCCACAUACGUAACGAUAUCCCUUUGACCAGUGGGUGGCGAUACACCAUGGGCCGGGCAUAUUGAUCGAUGGUAAGCAAGCUGCUUGCAGAUCUGCUCGUCAUGUUUCGAUCGAGGGGAUCCGAUGGUCAGGGUCUCAGACCUCAUCCAUCGGUUCGCCAAACAUAACGUGUCCCUGGAUCAUGGUGGGUAUUACACUCGAGAUGGAACUCGUGGGACAGCCGUUGCGGAAGUUCCAUUACUUGAUCCAAAGGCGCCCACGGGAGGAGGCGCGCUGGGUUUUUGGGCUCUUGGACGGACAGGUCAUGAAGUGUCGAACGACUGUGGUGGACCUUUGGCUUUGGUCCAGAUAGAAUGAAGGGUCGAGGACUGCAUACUGCAUACCUACCUAGGUAAUGUGGACGCGAAGAGAGUACAGGAGCGGGCCCUUCUGCCUGACAUUCGGCGCCAAUUACGCCAUGAGCCUCUUGGCCUCGCGGCUGCUUCCGGUUGAGAUGGAAGACCAUUCCCGCUUUUUUGUUGGUGUUGCUGGUUGAGUGACGCGAAGUGUGGAAUCGUCGACAGUCGAAGCAUUGAAAGUAGCAUGGUCUGGCAAGGCUGGCUACGUUCAUAGUCCUUGCGUGAAGCGAGGCAUGCACGUGGUAGCCUCAUGGUCACGUGGUGCCUGAAGCGAAGCGCGCCAUGGCGGACCAAAAAUCGGAUCGGACGAGAAAUACGGGGAUCUUCAUAUCGAACUCAUCGAACCAGAUCUUGACCUCGCUUGUGCACAGACACAAUGGAUAUCUCGGCGACGCAAGAAUAAAGUUCGAGAACUUCUUCAAAGCUUCCCACCAUUGCGAGGAAACAAUUCAAUAGUAUUGUUGCCCUUCUCGAAUAUCGAUCCUCCCGGCAACGCCAUGGUCUGUGCCAACGCCAUGGUCUGUGCUUCUUUCAAGAGGAAGACCUCACCACAAUUUGGCACCGACUAUUGCUUCAGUCUACAUUAAUCGUCCAAUGGUUCCAGUAUGUCAAAUCCACUUUAUCCAGCUGCGAGCUGAGUAUCUACACAUUACUGCUUUGGAUCUAUCAAGACCACGGUUUGCUUGGAUCUGGGCCCUUUUGAACGCUGAAGAUGCUUUUUUCAGGCCGCGUUUCUAAGCGGUGUGGUUUUCCUUGGUGGGACGCGAGGAUACUCUGGACGUUCCCAUUUUCGAGCUAUUUCUGUCCCACGCCAAUGAUGGAUGCAGACUAUCAUGCCCUGAACGUUGUUCUCUUUGCACACUUCUCCUUGAACGUAACAUAUCCUUGGGGGAAAGCCGCUCGAUCAUCUUGCCUCCUCAGGCCAGAGUCGUUUGCAACGAAGGGCAGUUCCACUAGAGGAUGCGAGCCUCACUAUCCCUCGUGCAGAUCAUUUCGGCUCCGCUAUCUUGCAUCCGAAACUAUCUUGGACAAGGCCAGUCUUGCAUCGUGCUCUUGCUUCUUUCGGCUCGUCAUGCGGAUUGAACCAUGGUGUGGCGGCUCGAGACUCCAGUUAUCACGUCAAGAACCACUGAUCUGGCCCGUGCUUUAGCACUGGAUAUUGAAUUUUUCAUGACCAACUCCCAUGAUCAAGGUGAUCAGGGCUCAAUAUACUUUCGGCUAUGGAGGCCUCGGGCAAUCAUCACGUCGAGUCUAUGCUGCGGACUUCCAUAUAUUGUUGUCCUCGCGCGGAGAGCCUCUUUCUCAACACGCUGCAUGCUGACCAAAUCCAUCUGCCGCCAUGGAUCCUCUAAGUUUGGAAAAAUCGUCCACCGCUGGGACAGCCAGCGGCGGUGGACGCUCGUUUGAGCGACCCAGGGAUCUUUCUCCGGUCCAGGAUGUCGAGACAUCAUCGCAGGAAGGCGGCUCUGAGAAAUCGACGAGGUCUCAGAGGCGACAACAUCAUGUCCAAUGGAACCAUCCAUUCAAGCCACAGACGGGACACGAUCCAAGCAUGAUGAUGUCGGCCCGUCGCCCAUCCCAUGCAGUGGAAAUGCGACGUCGAAUGUCUCAGAGCGUCAGACGAGCUUCUACGGCCGUUGUAGAUGCUGUUCAGAAGCUUGAUCCUCUCACGGUGACCGCGGGUAACCCACUCGGCCUCGAGGUCAAUGAAAUACGUCGAGUUUCUUCGGCAGGCUAUUCCCAAACCGGUUUCAAUGCACGCCGGUUCUCGCGACAGGCAUCUCAUGUAGAUGAGUUGAAGAAACCCGAAGACGCUCAGAUCAAGGAGGAAUCGGCCGAAACGUUACCCGUCGUUCGAGGCGGUAUGAGCGAGAAAGUCGAGGACUAUGAGAUCCAGAGAUUGGCCGCCCAUGACGAUGUUGACUUGCUCUCCCCAACUAAGCGGAUUCUUUACAGACUAUGCCCUCUUCUUGUGGUCGUUACCAUAGCAGCAUACUGGAUCUACUUCGCGCUUCGCGUGAAAUUCACACGAGACGCAGAGAGUUCCGCACGCAAGACCUACUGGAUGGCUUGGGCAUUCAUUCUCGUCGAACUGUUUGUCUCGAUCCCUAUGCUGCUGCAUCGUUUGUGGGGUUGGCAUGUUGUCGGUUUGAGAAAGCGGCCUAGGCUACGAGUUAUUGGAGAUAACGUGCCGUCGGUGGAUGUGAUUAUCACCUGCUGUGGUGAAGACGACGACUUGGUGCUUGACACAGCGAAAGCAGCUUGCAACGUCGACUAUCCUCGGGAACGUUUUCGGGUCAUAAUUUGUGACGACGGUCAAUCCAAGAGUCUGCAAGAAAUGGCCGAGAGGACAGCUCAGACACAGUUCGACAACCUCUACUAUCGUUCGAGACCUAAAUACCCCGGGGUACCACAUCACUUCAAGGCUGGCAAUCUCAACGAUGCAAUGGAAUACACCGCAACCCUGCCAGGAGGUCCCGCGAACUUCAUCGCUGCUCUUGAUGCCGACAUGAUUCCGAUGAGAGACUGGCUGAGGGCCCUGCUGCCCCAUAUGCUGCAAGACCCGAAAUGCUCAAUGGCUUGCCCUCCCCAACUGUUCUAUAACGUUCCCAAAGAUGAUCCUCUCUGCCAGAGCCUGGACACAUUUGUCCACAUCUCAGAGCCAAUCAAAGAUUCGAUGGGCGUAGCGUGGUGUACCGGAUCCGGCUACGUACUCAGACGAGCUGCUUUGCAGUCUAUUGGAGGCUUCCCUGUCGGUUCUCUCGCAGAAGACGUUUGUUGCUCUAGCAUGCUAUUGGGCUCUGGCUGGAACACGGCUUUCGUCCAUGAACCUUUGCAGUUCGGUACUGUUCCGGAUUCACUGACCAGCCACUUGAAACAACGAACUCGAUGGACGAUCGGGACGGUCCAGACGUCAUUGAAAUUGCGAUUCAGUGUGUUCGGUCCCUUGGUGAAGCACAUGACAUUCCCUCAACGACUAUGUGGAUUUGUGUACACCGUUUCAUCGCUGUUCACGGUCUUCCUAGUGGCUUCUAUGUUUACUGCACCUAUCGUGCUUGUUUCACACGGAAACCUGGUUCCAUUUACGACAAUAAACCAACUAAAGUGGCUUGUUCGAUCCAACUUCCUCACGACCGUCCUGAAUCGCAUCAACGAAUUCAUUUCUUACCUGCCCUCGGGUUAUGCCACCGGUCAAAGGGAUGCCCGCGCGAUGAUGUGGAUGGCACCUUUUCAUUCCAUGUCCGUCAUCCGCACAUUCUUGUUGCCAAAGUGGCUCGGCGGAAAAGUGGCGGUCUUCACAUCGUCCGGCUCACAGAAAGCCGACUUGAACGAAAGAAAUCGUGAGCUCCGCGCCCCAGUCUGGCGCCGUCUUAAAGUCACCAUUUGGGACUGCCAGUGCUACCUGCAUCUCAUUUACAUCUCAUUCGCCCUGGCUGCUGUCGGCGUCAGUAUAUAUUGGAACAUCACCGACACGAAGAAUGACACGGUCAAGAAAACCCUCAUUGCGCUCCUCACUCACGCCUUCUGGCCACCGAUCAUCUGGCUGACGUGCAUUUUGUCGUGCUGGGUACCCAUCAACUACGCGCUCUUCCCACCAUCGGAGCCGGACAGACAGGACUUGCUGGUACGAGAUCCAGUUACCGGCGUAGCAUAUCCCUCUGAGGAGUCUAAGAAAACCAAGGUGACUUGGGCCGCAUGGGCGUUUGAGGCACAAAACAGCUUCAUAACCCUCUACACAACGGUGGUGUUUAUACUAUCAUUCUGGUUUUAGGCAGUGCAUCUAGAUUACUAUCCUGAAUAUCUACGAAACGUCUGCCCCGUUCGGUCUUUUCAUGCAAGAAGUCUCUACAAUCUUGUCCCCCCUUUUCACCUCAGCGGCCACGGCUCUAGGAUGA